UUUUGUUAUCCAUCGUUUUUACCAUGCCUUUUCGUAUGAAUACUGUCGCACGCAAGGUGCACCCAACCCUGCGCAUACCCACUGCUACUCCUGCUGCCACAACACCUGUCACGUUGACCACUUCAACUGCCGCAUCAACCACUGAAUCGACUGCGUCAUGCACAGCCAGUGUGCUUCGUCGGGCCUGCCGCGCUCUAUUUAGGCCCAAGCCCGAGACUGACGACAACAACAACGGAGCCUCUCGUACAAUCUACAAGCUCCACUUGAUGAGCUUCGCCGAAUUGGAGGCAGCUCGCACCCAGGAAGCAGAGAUCCAAAACACAGCCGAGUUUGGUUGUGCCAGCAUUGGCGCUGUAGUUCUGAAGCUGGAGUCCACCCUUAAAGUUGCCAAAGUUGCACAGGCCAAGCUGGUCGCAUCUCACGCUCAGGAAUCACAGGCCCAUAUUAUGGUCGAAUCUGACCUCACAAAGUCGCACGCUAAACUGGCAGUUCUGCAGCAUCUAAUUUCCAUAGCCCACAAACAAACCAACACUGCUCACAAUAAGCUUGACACGUUUCACACUGAAGUAGAAGUGCUGCGCCACCGAGAAAACUAUUUAGACCCAUCAAUUAUAUUUGGUAUUAGAACUAUUUCAAAAUUCACUAAAGAGGCCUCCUACUGA